GCCAGCCAGCGACGUUUUUUUUGUUAAAAUUAAUCAAAAAUUGCAACAAACAAUGUGCAAACAAUAACGUGCGCAUAAUAAACAUAACAGCGAAGAAAAUAACAGCCAUGAUGGCAAACAAAUAAAAAUACUGCGAUGUAAUAUAAGCUUAGACGAAAAGUGAACAACUUCCAAUGGAACUUAAACUAUAGAUUAUACAAAGCAUAAACAAUAAACAGCACAAGGACUGCCGCUGGGAAGCAGCAACAACAACAACACGCACACACAUAUUAAUAAAUACAAACAAAGGAGAGAAAUUGGGUCGCGAUUUUCCUUCGAGCUGUUUUUGUUAUUAUAAUUUGAUAUUUGUUAUGGCAACACUAAACGCAUGCUUGGUGUAAGGUGCAGACUUUGGCAAUAGUUGAACCCUUGCUCCUUAACGAAUACUAAGCCAGCAGCCUUUGGCCAUGAGCGUUGUUGGCAAGCAACUCAAUCCGGUGGCUGCCACUUCCUCCUCCUCUUCCGCUGCUACCAACAGCAGCAAUAGCAGCGUCAGCGGCAGCAAUGAGACCAAUGCAGCAGUUAGCGCCACAGCAGGCGCCAGCGCCUUGACUAACGCCAGCAAGGACUUGUCUGUGACGCCCGAACAUGUACUCCAUCUGACCAAGAUAACAGAUGACUACUUAUGCUCGGCCAAUGCCAAUGUGUUCGAAAUUGACUUUACGCGUUUCAAGAUACGCGACCUGGAGAGCGGCGCCGUCCUCUUUGAGAUUGCCAAGCCGCCCAGUGAGCAAUUCCCGGAUGGCUUAUCCGUUGAGGAUACGAUGCUGGCUGCGGCCGAGGAGCUUACACUAGAUGACACUGCCGAUCCCAAUGCCGGGCGUUACGUACGCUAUCAGUUCACGCCCGCAUUUCUCAAUCUCAAAACUGUUGGCGCCACCGUGGAAUUUACGGUGGGCAGUCAACCCGUGAAUAAUUUUCGCAUGAUUGAGCGUCACUUUUUUCGCGAUCGCUUGCUUAAGACUUUUGACUUUGAGUUUGGCUAUUGCAUUCCAUAUUCCAAGAAUACAUGCGAGCACAUUUACGAGUUUCCUAAUCUUCCACCAGACCUGGUUGCUGAAAUGAUAUCGAGCCCCUUUGAGACGCGCUCGGACAGCUUUUACUUUGUGGAAAAUCGACUCGUAAUGCACAACAAAGCCGACUACGCCUAUGAUGGCGGUAUUAUACUCUAAACGGAGAGCUAAAGAAUUGAAACAACAACUAUAAUACCUAAAAAACAACAAGCAACAAGAACAAGAUCUAGUAAAACUAAACAUUAGCUACUAAAACACACACACACAACAUACACAUACACAUCAUACCAAAGCAUUACAAAAAAAUA